AUCAAACGUCAUGCAGCUUGUUGUUACCAAUGGAAAUUAGAUAUACCAGAAAUAUAUAUUUUACACCCACCAGUUUUUAAAAGAAAUAAAAAGAAAAGCUGACAUUUGAUGCCUCAAAUGUGAGGUCAGGAUAAAAACGUAUAUCGGAUUUAUUUUGUUUGGUACAUUUUUUUUCCACCUACAUUUUAAAGAUGUAGAAUGUAGAUCAUAGAUGUAGAUUAUUAUGUAAACCGCUGAUAUGAGUUUGCUCUAUUAAUAUUCUACCAGUAGGAGGUGAUAUUGACGAAUGCAACGCUGCAACCAUAACAAGCACGAAGAAGAGUGUCAAAGAUUUGUUUCUUUGGUGUCCCAACAAUAUUUUCUUCAUUAAACUGGCUUCUAAGCAGACUGCAACCCUUUUAAAGCUUUAAACGCAAUGGACGAAAAGGUUUUAGGUCCUACUGCAGGGGAUGAUGGGGCAGAGGCCCGUGCAUCGUCAUGUUUGGGAGCCACUGGAGGAUCAUCUGGUUCCCGUUUGGAGUCACAGCUCCAGGAGGCAAUUCGGUUAAAGAAGGAGGGGAAUGCAUCCUACCGGGAGAAAAAUGUGCGCACAGCCAUUGGAUGUUAUCAUCGUGCUUUGCUUGUUCUCCGUGGCCUGGACUCUGAGGUGACCUCUGCCCUGCAAGGGUUUGUGCCUCGGGUGCCUAAACUGAGCCAGGCGCAGGAGGACCUGCUGAGGAGCACUCAAGUAGACUGCUAUAACAAUUUAGCAGCAUGUCUGCUGCAGCGAGAGCUGGUGGACUAUGGCCGUGUGUUAGAGUACAGUCUGAAAGUGCUCCAGUGGAGGUCGGGUGACAUCAAGGCCCUCUACAGAGCUGGAGUGGCCUCAUUAGAGCUGGGUGAUGCUCAGACUGCUCGACAUUACCUCACACAGGCCAGCAGGGGGAAACCUAACGAUCCUGAUGUAAAGAAACAGCUGCAGCGAGUGGAGGAGAGACUCAGCCAAGACUAUCAGAAAGAGAAGGCACUGUACAAAGGCAUGUUCAGCAAGCAGAAACAGAGUGAGGAGCAGUUAGCAGAGGAGAAGACCCAGAAAUUGGUCUAAACGGACAAAUACACCACUCCGCAGGAACAUACAUGAAGUUAAAUGACGCUUGAGCUGAUGUCACCAGGAGGCAAGUGGGAUAUUUUGCUUCAGGGUAUGGAUAAUUUGCUACAUAUGGCAUUUACUGGUGUUGAAGAUCCAGUAGCAGGACUGGAUGUGUGGCUGAAAUCUGGUGCAAUGUGGCAGCUUGAACAAGAAUUU